AUGGCAGGUGGGAGGGAAGAGUUUCAUUUUGGUUAUAGAUUUGAAGGUGAAGCUAACAAAUCGGGUAGAGGACCUAGUGUCUGGGACACAUUUACCUAUGAGACUCCAGGCGCGUUGUGUGCGUUAUUUUUUACUACAGUCAAGACAUCUUAUGAUUAUACUUAUUGUUGUGCAAUCUUAGAGAGGAUAUUAGAUCACAGCAAUGGAGAUAUAGCAGUUGAUUUCUAUUAUCGCUUCCGAGAAGAUAUAAAAAAUGUGAAAGAUAUGGGUUUUGAUGCUUUGAGAUUCUCCAUUUCAUGGUCUAGAGUUAUACCUAUUUUAAAACCUUUUGUUAUGAUUUUUCAUUGGGAUACUCUUCAAGCCCAAGAGGACAAGUAUGGUGGCUUUUUAAGCCCUAAUAUUGUGAAUGACUAUCGUGAUUAUGCGAAUCUUCUUUUUGAAACAUUUGGUGAGCAAGUGCAAAAUUGGAUGGCUUUCAAUGAGCCAUGGGCUCUUAGUGAAGUUGCCUAUGAUGAUGGACUUAUUGCCCCUGGUCAAUGCUCACCAUGUGUGAAUCCUCAAUGUCCCGUUGAAAACUCAGCAAUUGAACCUUACAUAGUUGCACAUUAUAUACUUCUUGCUCAUGCUACAGCUUUCCAAGUAUAUCGAGAAAAGUACAAGGAAAGGCAAAGUGGCCAGAUCAGGAUAGCACUUGUUUCCCUUUGGUUUAAACCUCUCUCCAAUAGAAUAAUUUAUAUCAAAGCAUCCAAAAUAGCUAUUGAUUUCAUGUGGAUGGAUCCUCUAACUUAUGGUCGAGCUAGUGUAAGCCUUAUGCCUCUCUCUUUAUAUGAAAAGCUCAACAUGGGAGAUCUUAAGUCAACCCAUAUUUCUCUUCACUUAGCAGACAGAUCAAUUAAGUAUCCAGAAAGGAUCUUGGAGAAUGUCCCACUCAAGGUUGAAAAAUUCUACAUCCCAGUUGACUUUGUCAUUCUAGACAUGGAAGAGAAUUCUCAUAUGCCAAUCAUUUUGAAGAGGCCUUUCUUAGCUACAGCUUGUGCUUUGAUUAAUGUGAAAGGUGAAAAGCUUACUCUUAGAGUAGAAGAAGAUCAGUUAGUCUUUAACAUUGGCAAUGGCAAGAAGAAGCAACACGAAGAUGUAGACUCUUAUUUGAGAAUUGAUAUAUUUGAUGAGUUAGUGGACGAGCACUUUAGAAAGAGCUAUCUGAAGGCUCCUCUUGAAAAUUGUCUUGUCCAUGAAGAGAGUACCAAUGAUGAAAAACCAAAAGUGGCAGCAUUUGCAUAA